AUGGCCGACAGUCUUAUCUCUCCGCAACGUGUCGCUCAAUCUAAGCCGGCCCGCGCGCGUCGCAGCGGCUCGUGGCACGCGUUCCUCUCGCCCACUGGCCCGGACGGUCAAGCCUCACCCACGGUCGCCGCGGCUGCCAUCCCUGCCGCAAUUCCCGCCGCCGCGACUGCCGCGCCCGCCGCCGGUUCGUCGCAAGCAGACAGCGCGGACGGCGGCGCAAGACCCGCCGCAGAGCGCGGUCGCGGGGCCUCCCCGUUGCUUCCGCCCUCUCUCAGCGACAGAGCGCAGUCCCCGCAUCCACUUACCUCCAGAUCUCCGCUUGGAAACGCCGCCGCCAACGCUCGCGCGUGGUGCGCGCGACGGUACCGCGGAAUCCUUCCGCCUGCUGGGGAAACCGCGACAGCGCCGUGGAACGCAUCAGCCCGCGCGGCAGGGGCGGGGGGGAUUACAGGGGCAGGCGGAGCUGCCCCCUCGAGCUGCGGGGAGGGUAGCGCCGGCGGAAGCGUCGACCGCCUCGCGGGAGCAAGGGUGAAGCGGCGAAGCAGGCAGGGGGGCAAUGCGGCGUCCGCUGGGCACGCCAGAAUUACCGACUCGAGUCAACCGAGUCAACCAGGUCAACCGGGUCAACGAGCCCAGGCCUCCCCGCGCCCGUCCGCCUGCCCGUCCGAACGGUCGAGCGCGUGGGGGCCAGGCGGAAGCAGCAGCACGAGUGAUUAUAGCGAGGGGACGGACGACGAGGAUGCGAUCUUCCAGGCGGCGAGGCAGGCGGAGGUGGAGCAGGAGUGUGACAAGUGGACGUCGCUGCUUGAGAGCCACUUCAGUCAAUCCGCUGACCAGGUGGGUGGGACAGGACAGGCCGGGGAACGAGGUAUGGGAAGGGGAAGAGCGAACGGGAUUGGUCAAUCGGGUCAAGAGGUGCGGCUGCUGGGAGCGGUCGUCUCCACCUUCUACUUCCAAACGCCAAACGCCACUCUCGAUCAGGUCAGCCGCCCGCCAGGUCAGCCGCCCGCCAGGUCAGCCGCCCACCAGGUCAGCCGCCCGCCAGGUCAGCCGCCCACCAGGUCAGCCGCCCACCAGGUUAGCCGCCCACCAGGUCAGCCGCCCACCAGGUCAGCCGCCCGCCAGGUCAGCCGCCCGCCAGGUCAGCCGCCCACCAGGUUAGCCGCCCACCAGGUCAGCCGCCCACCAGGUCAGCCGCCCGCCAGGUCAGCCGCCCGCCAGCCCACCUUCUCGUCGCUGGUGAACCAGACAGACUACGCCCGCCCGCUGCUGUUCGGCAUCUCCUUUGCCCUUCGGGUGACCCAGGCUGAGCGGCCGGCGUUUGAGAAGCAGCAGCAGCAGCAGCUGGGGGACCCAGCAUAUUGCAUCAGGCACGGCAGCGUGUGUGCAGUGCAGGGAGCCAGCCAGAGCACGCCCCCAUUGUUCUCACCAGCGCAUCCCUUCUCUGCCCCCACUCACCCCGCAUAUCCCCCCACCACUCCCCCCAUCCACUCCCCAAUCCCAGGCACGGCAGUGUGCACGGCAGAGUGUGUGCGGGAAUGCAGCAGGAAUACGCCCCCAUCGUCCUCACCAGCGCAUCCCUUCUCUGCCCCCACUCACCCCCCAUAUCCCCCCACCACUCAUCCUCAUAGGCAUGGCAGAGUGUGUGCGGGAAUGCAGCAGGAAUACGCCCCCAUUGUCCUCACCAGCGCAUCGGCCUCCAUGAUUGGUCAGGGCCUGCUGGGCCGCUCCUACCGCCCUGACCAGCCGUUGACUGGCGUUGACUCUGUUGACCUGCCUGCUGACCAGCUGGCAUUGCAGGAAAUUCUGGCGUGGGCUGAACGCUCUGGAACAAUAGAGGCAGUCACACAAGCGCGGGACUAUGGGGUGAUGGGGGCACUCGCGCCCCCCUUCCGCCUCAACCUCUCUCUCUCUACCUCCACGCGACCCAUCUCCCCUUUUUCUCCCCAUUUUCCCCCACCGCUUUCCCCACCCCUUUCCCCAUUCCCAGCUGAACGCCCUGGAACAAUAGAGGCAGUCACGCAAGCGCGGGACUAUGGAGUGAUGGGGGCACUGGCGCCGCCCUUCCGCCUCAACCUCUCCCUCUCCACCUCCACGCGGCCCAUCUCGCACGGCCUCUUUAUAGUCUUCCCCGUUUACCGCACGCCCGACCCGCUCCCCGACGGUUUGUCUUCUAGCGAGUACCGGGCGGCGUGCCUCGGCUACAUGAUGGCGAUCGUUGACUUUGAGCCCAUGUGGGAUGCGAUGCUUGCGGUGAGCAGUGGUGCAAGGUGCUGGGAGGUGCUGGGAGGGGAGGUGCUGGGAGGUGCUGGGAGGUGCCGGGUGGCGUUUGGAGGUUGCAGGUGGUGUGCCCUCGGCUACAUGAUGGCGAUCGUGGACUUUGAGCCGAUGUGGGAUGCCAUGCUUGCGGAAUACCACGGCUUGGCCCUGCCCAUGUUUGCACAAGUAUCAACUGAAAUGUCUUCCGCUCACCCGCACCCGCCCACUCUUGCUCCUUUUCCAUCACCCCCAUCCCCAUCCCAGGAGUAUCACGGCCUGACCCUGGAAUACCACGGCCUGGCCCUGCCCAUGUUUGCCUCUGAGUCAACUCAACCGUCGUUCUCUCCCCACACGCGCCCACACUUUCUUUCUUCUCCCCCACUCACCCCCAGGAAUACCACGGCCUGGCUCUGCCAAUGUUUGCACGCAUUUAUGACGUCACUGGGAGCAGAAGUCUCACUCUCCCCACGCCAUCCCACGCCCGCUCACUCUUGCUUCUUUCCCAAUGACUCCCAGGAAUACCACGGCCUGGCCCUGCCCAUGUUUGCACGCAUUUAUGACGUCACCGGGAGCAGCGGGGAGAAGGGGAAGCGGGCGGGGGAGGUGAUAUACGAGCCUAAAGGACAAGAGUUGCCGCCCGGACAGGAGGACUCGUACGCGCAUGUGAACGUGGUGAAUUUGGGGGACAAAUACCGCGAAUACGAGAUGCGGUGCAGGUACUACACAACCUAUGUAUUUCCCGCGGCGAGUGCAGGGUGGGCCAUCCUCGUUAUAGUGGUGAUGGGCCUCGCAGCUUACGUGUACUGGGCGGCGUGUGAGCGCGUGCAGCAGCUGGAGAGGGAUUACCAGCGGUUGGAAGCGGUGAAGAACCGCAUGAAAGCGGCCAAGAGGGUUGCGGAGCGGGCGAGUAAAGCCAAAGGGUUGUUCCUCACUACCAUGAGUCAUGAGCUGCGCACACCACUGAAUGGCGUCAUAGGCAUGCUGAACCUGCUGCUGGAAACACCCCUCACGGUGACUCAACUAGAUUACGUGGAUACGGCGCGUACCAGCGGGCGGGCGCUGCUGGAACUCAUCACAGACAUCCUCGACCUCUCCAAGAUCGAGGCGCAGAAGAUGCAGCUAGAGCAUGUUCCCAUGGACGUGAGGGGAGAGGUGGACACGGUGCUCACAAUGUUCAUCGAGCGCUUCCGAGACAAGCCGCUGCUGGAGGUCGCUGCGUACAUUGACCCCCUGGUGCCGGCAUCUGUACUUGGCGACUCACUGCGCUUCCGCCAGGUACUAAUCAACCUGCUGUCCAACGCGUGCAAGUACACCGAACGUGGACACAUCUUCAUCGCCAUCCGCACGGCCGACAUUCACGAGGACCUCCGGAGAGACGCGAGCCGAUCCCAGUCCAAGCGAGGGGUCUCCCAGCCGCAGCAGCAGCAACAGCAGCAGCAGCAGCAGCAGCAGCAGCAGCAGCAGCAGCAGCAGCAGCAGCAGCAGCAGCAGCAGCAGCAGCAGCAGCAGCAGCAGGAAGAGGAUAAGCAGCUGCCACUGGCAGCCCCGUCCUCCUCUUCGGGGGAUGCUGCAACGACAAUCAACAGCCUCACUGCAUCACACAGCACGCAUACGGCUGGUGGCACUGGGGGGCGGGCGAAUCUUGGGUCGACAAAAGGAGACAGCGGCAGCACGUGCAAGAACGGACUAUCCGGGCUACGCACGUUGUUCUUUUCUGGUUCAAAAAGCUCUGAUAAUGGCUGUGGGGGUAAUCGUGAUAGCUAUGGUGGAAAAGAAGGCGUUGAGGGUACUGGUGGUGGAGAGCAAGGGGGGGAAGGAGAAUGGCAGGCAGCCUGGGUGAGUGGCAGGCAGAGGGAUGGUGAGGCAGCUGGUGCAUGUCUCCCUGGGUCAACCAUUGCCACGACCACCACGAACACCACGACCACCACAGCCACUGUCUCCUUUCGCCCUGCCAGGCUGCUCUCUCGCACCAAGAGUGGCAGGACCCGCGCUGCUGCUGCUGCUGCUGCUGCUGCUGCUGGGGGUGGGAGUGCUUCUGCUGGGGUAGGUGCUGCUGGGGGAGGUGCUGCUGCCGCUGCGUCAAUGGAAGGUGGCGGUGAUGUCGCCAGCAGUGCUUGGCGGGGCGGUAUGAGCGCUGCUUGCGGGCUGCCCCUGGGUGCAUGCGUGGGCGAGCAGCGGCUGCUGGCGUAUCAGCAGCUAGAAGACGAGCAGGAGGAGCGGGAAGAGCAAGAGCAGAUGGAGUGUCAGGAGGUGGGCAAUGAAGGGGUACUGGCUGGAGUGCAAGGGUUGGCAGGGGAUAGAGGGUUGGCAGGGGAUAGAGGGUUGGCAGGGGAUAGAGGGUUGGCAGGGGAGCGAAGGCAAGAGAAGGAGCAGGAGCUGUUGGAAGUGGUGGUGCAUUCCAGCAGCCCACCAGCUGCUGCCGCUGCUGCUGCUGUUGCCGCUGCUCCUACAAGCAGCGGGAAGCAGCAGUAUCACGAGGAGCAGCUGCAGCAGCAGCAGCAGCAGCAGCAGGCGCACGUGACACUGAGUGGGCGAGCGGCAGUGAGGAGCUGCAACAGCUGGCACGUGCUGGCUGCCAGGCGGGCCGCGUGGCUGCAGCAGGGGCGGCAGCAGGCUCUGCUGCGAGGGGGAGAGGGGGGCGAGAGGGACGAGGGGGGCGAGAGGGGUGAGGGGCGUGAUGGGGAUGAGGAGGGAGAUGGGGAGGGAGGCAAGAAAGGGUGUGUGGAAGUGGACUGUGAGUGGGAGAGGCAGCAGUUGGUGACAGGAGGAGCAGCAGGGGGAGGAGGAAGUGGGGCAGCCGCAGCAGUGGCAGCAGACGACAGGCCUCAAACCGUUCGAUUGGUGGUUUCUGUUGAGGACACAGGAGAGGGCAUUCCCUUUGCAGCGCAGCGCACCAUCCUGAAGCCAUUCACCCAGGCGGACCCCAGCACGACACGCACGCACGGCGGCACGGGAAUCGGCCUCUCCAUCAGCCGCCACCUAGUCGACCUCAUGGGCGGCCGCCUCUCCUUCUCCUCGCGCCCUGGCCUCGGCAGCACCUUCUAUUUUGACCUCCUGCUGCCCUGCGACCAGCCUCGGCCCGAGCCAGUGCCGAACCUGCAGUCGGACCUGGUUUCCACUUCGGGAAAGUGUUCCAGAAGUGAAAAUGGUGCUGUGGCUGGGGUGGCAGAUGGUGCUGCUCCUGCUGGUGCUUAUGCUGCUGAUGCUGAUGCUGCUAACGCCAUAGGCCCUCUCAGUAGCUCCUUCCUUUCUCCUUUUGGUUUGGAAGACAGGGAUGGAGCGGCAAGCCUGAGCGGGAUCAAGGAAGCUGUGGUUCGGGCCAGGCUGGGAGCGAUCCUGCUGGACGACCGGCCGGUGAGGCUCGGGGUGCUGGAGAGCCUGCUCAACAGGUUCGGCAUGCCGGUGCUCAACUCCACGUUCGGCAUCAGCUCUGCUCCUGGUGAGGCGCGUAUGAUGCAGCCUUUGCAGCAGCCUUUGAUGCAGGCGGUGGUUGUGUUUGUCAAUGACGAGUGGCUUGAGAGGCAACAGCAGGAGGAGGAACAGGAAGAGGGUGAGGAGGAGGGGGAGGAGAGGGAGGAGGAGAGGGAGGAGGAGGAGGAAAGGCAACAGGAGGAGGGGAUGGGUGGGGAGAAGGAGGAGAAGGGGGAUGGGGCGCAGGAGGAGCAUGCAGAGGAGCAUGAUCAUCCAGGCAGGUUGACAUGGCAAGGUAAGGCAUGGGAGGCGAUGGUAGCAGCAGGGAUGGUGAGGCCAGGGGCAGGGAUGGGGAGGGAAGGGGCAGGGAUGGUGAGGGAAGGAAGAGAGACAGACAGUCACCCUGCUGGAUCGCUUGCCCCACCAACCAGUACCACCAUAGCUGCAGCUGCUGCUGCUGGUGCAGCUGGCAGUGAUGGUGUGACUGCAGCUGCAAGGGGGGGGUAUGGGUACGGGGGCACAGAGGGGUUGCGUGGGCUGCAUUCAACGCUCUCCAUGACUGAUUGGAUGCUCCACUUGCCCUCCCUUGACUCCCUCACUGCUGCUGCUGCUGCUGCCUCUGCUCCAGAUGCUGCUGCUGCUGCUGCCGCUGCUGCCGCUGCUGCUGCCGCUGCUGCUGCCGCUGCUGCCACUGCUCCAGGUGCUGCCGCUGCUGUCUCUGCUGCCGCUGCUGCUGCUGCGCUUGCUGCUUCAGCUGCGUCUGAGGCUGAAGAUUCACAAACCUUUGCCGAGGCUGCCAACGAGGCUGGGUUCCGAACCUGCCUUUCCAAGCCUGUACGCAUGAGUGCCCUUGCCAGCUGUCUGGGGGAGAUUCUCAUGGGGGGAUCAGGGCAGGGGGAAGGGGAGGGAGAAGGGGGGGAGGGGGAAGGGGAGGAGGAAGCGGAGGGGGAAGGGGAGGGGGAUAGGCAGGGGGGCGGGGAGGAGCGGGAGGGAAAAGCUGAGGAGGGGGAGGGAAGGAGCAGGGGUGGGGAGUGGGAGGGGAGAGAGGAGGGGAGAGUGGAGGGGACAUGGGGCAGGGAGGAGAGGGGAGGGACUGAAGGAGUGUGUGUGGAGGAGGAGAAUAGCCAUUGGGAUGUUUUGAGUGAGGGAGAGAGUGUGAGCGAGUGGGGGGAUUUGUUGGAGCAGGAGAUUGAGGGGAUAGGGCCUAGGCACCUUGUGAUAAAAUCUUUGAGGCGCCUCAACAGACGGCGCGUGCUCGUGGUGGACGACAACAUGGUCAACCGCAAGGUAACCAGCCGCUGCAAAGUGACCCUCCCCUCCCUCCCUCCCCUCCCUCCCUCCCCUCCCUCCCUCCCCUCCCUCCCUCCCUCCCUCCCCUCCCUCCCUCCCUCCCCUCCCUCCCUCCCCUCCCUCACUCCCCUCCCUCCCUCCCCUCCCUCCGUCCCUCCCCUCCCUCCCCUCCCUCCCUCCCUCCCUCCCUCCCUCCCUCCCUCCCUCCCUCCCUCCCUCCCUCCCUCCCUCCCUCCCUCCCUCCCUCCCUCCCUCCCCUCCCUCCCUCUCCUCCCUCCCCUCCCUCCCUCUCCUCCUUCCCCGGCAGGUGAUAGGCCGCAUGCUGCAGCGGCGAGCGUGAAUGAUCCCUGUGAAUGGGCUCCUCAGCCUGCCGUCCCGCUCUCCCCUCCUUUCCCACCAGGUGAUAGGCCGCAUGUUGCAGAGGUGAUAGGCCGCAUGCUGCAGAGGUAUGGCGUGAGCGUGGAGGAGGUGGAUGGGGGGGCCAAGGCGGUGAAGCGAGUCCAGGAGAUGUGCGACGGUGCUUCCUUGCCGCUUGACUGUGUCUUCAUGGACAUUCAGAUGCCGGGAAUGGACGGCUACGAAGCAGUCUCCCGCAUUCGCAGCAUGGAGCAGGAAGCGCCACCAACCACAGCAGCAACCCCAUCCCCAUCAACCCCACCUGCAAACCCAUCACCCUCUGCAUCAAUUUCUCCAAAAAGCCUAUCAGAUAUAAGAAUCCCACCAGCCACCAGAAACCCGUCAGCAUCAACGUCCCCACGAAGCGCACCAGCAGGGGCGGCAGCAGAAGCAGCAGUGACGGGUGCAGCGAGGGCAGGGAAGGGACGGCUGCUGGUGAUAGCGCUGACUGCUGAUGUGGGUGCGGGCACGCGGGAGCGGUGUGCCAAGGCGGGGAUGGAUGGGUAUAUGACGAAACCCAUUGAGGAGCAGCAGCUGUCGCAAGUGGUAACCUUAAGUCGACUCAAGAGGCCCAUGGAGGAGCAGCAGCUGUCGCGCAUGGUGCUCCCGCACCCGUACUUCGCUGCACUGGCGGAUCCUCUUUCUGAGCUUCAUCAUCACCCCAUGGCUCCUGCUGGUGAUGCGCCGGUCUCGUCCGCUCCAGGCGUUGCGGCUGCGCACGGGAAGAAGGCGGUUGACGCGCGACCAGAUCCGGUCACUCCGAAGACGCUUUUCAACGGAGUGGCUGGUCCUUUCGGUGUGGAAGUGAUUAACACGCUGUCGGCCCGUACGUCUGCUCUCAAGCUGGAUGAUCUGCCGGCGGGAGGAAAGGAAAAUGGCACGGUUAAGCCAUCUGCUGCUGGAAGCUCUUCGUCGGCGCCUGGUGUGCUGGACAAAGGCAAGGCAAAGGUGGAGGACAAGGACAACGGCGACGGCUACCUCAGCGAUGAUCCGGACGAAUGCCAAGACCCGGAGAUUCUCAACGUAAUCGCUGCGCAGGCGGGUUUUGCCAUUACCCUGCUGGUCCCGUUCGCCUGGAGCAAGGAAGUCCCUCGCACCACCAACACGGUUCGGCACCUGCUGCUGGUGUGGGGGAAGCACCUCUCGGAGAAUGUCAGGGACACGACCAAGUUUCAGCAGUUGUCGGCCACCUACCUGUCCAAGAAGCAUUUCGGCCGGAUGCAGGUGGUGUUUCUGCAGGCUGCGGAUGCGAAUUUCGUCUGGAGCCGGGAGGUGGAUCAUUACACGAUGAAUGACAAGAAGCUGACACUCGGCUGGCAGCAUCCGGAGAACACCGCGUACCUGAAGGAGCGUGCGGUCCACCCGGAGGCGAUUGAAGUGCUCCUUAAGGGGGUUCCGGCGGUGAUCUUACCGGAGAUGAUCCAGAAGAAUCUCGUGACUGCGUUGUUGAUGAAGCGGGGUCGUACGGCUUUCCGCAAGGGUUCGGCGUUUCAUAGGGUCCUGGAUCCUGUCUCGGGGUCGGACACGGACAAGAUCAAGGGCCUGGUCUACAGGCACCCGGGGGAUAAGUGGUUGCAACAGCGGGCUUCCGAGCUGAUCUCUGUGCCGCCUCCCCCCCGAGCAGCUGCUUCUCUGAAGCUGUCAGCGGCGGCGAAGAUCAUCAUGGCGAACCCGACGAUUUCCCUUACCUCAGUGGGAGGGGUCCGGGACGAGUGGGUCUGCGUGCAAGAGGAGUGCGGAAAGGCUCAUGGAAGCAAUUUCGAACAGGCUAUGGAGCAUGCUCAGUCGCAGCGCCACUGCAGCGGUCUGCUCAAGGCGGGAGCUGCUACGCGCCAGAGCAGGGGGGAGCAGGGCCUGGCGGAUGUCCGGAAGGAGUUCGGGAAGUAG